AUGCGACGAAAGGCUGGCCGAAAAAAGGACGCCAUCCCGCGAGCGACCCCCACUCCCCCACCCAAAGCGACGCCAAACCCGAAUGCACCCUGCGAGUGGAGUGGACGCAAAUGCACAGUGCAUUCUCUCAUCGCCGGGCAGUUCGUUGUCGCUCGCGUCCCGCGACGAAAAAGUGGGCGUCUGUUUUCCGAAUGGACAUUGGGCAGCCCAUCACCGCCUGUUCCCGGCUUCAAAAGCGCGAUUGCGAUGAGUGUGCACGGUGCGAAGGAAAAAGAAAUGGAUGGGGAAGUGGAGUGCGACAGCCAGAGAGAAGGGAACUGCAGUGUGCGAACAAAGAAAAAAAAAACAAAAAAAUUGCAGGAUGCGGACACGAGGGAUGAAGCGAGGGACGAGUGCACUGUGCGAGUCGAAUUGCGAGUGAGGAGAAAUGAGCGAGUGCACGGUGCGAGCGAACAUGAGGAGCCAAAUGCGCUCGGAAAAGGAAACAAAAGCACUGUGCAUGCAAGGCGGGUAAUGAAUGGACAGUGCAGGUGA